AUGGAUGGAGAAUGCAAGAGGAGGGGGGGGAGGGAGCAGGGGGAGGAAGAAGGGGGGGAGAGAAAAGAAGUCCGGAACGGUCGAGUGCAGUCCACAGGUGCCAGAUCCAUGGAUCUGCUCUCACGACGCGACUCAUUGGGGAACCGAGUAGAUGACAGUACGUCGUCACUGUUUUACAACGUGACCCUGUAA